AUGAACUUGUACCGCCCGCCGAGGCCGGCAGCGCCUCUGACAGGUGACGGGCGAUGGGCCUGCGGAGGGAGGCGUGGCGGAUGGGAAGCGGCGACGGCGGGGGGCGGGGGCGUUGGCUUGGGGAACCGCCUCCCUGCGCGGCAGGAUGGGCUCAAGGCAGCUUACAAUGACAGUGAUUGCUUUACCAUUUAUGCUGAAUUGGUCAAAUUAUAUGGUAACAAACCUUUCAUUUUCAAGGUUUUUCACAGCAUUCAGAUUACCUGCAUUGAUCUUCUAAAGACGAUUUUAAAAUACCAACAGAGACGUAAAGCCGUAUCUGAACAGGAAGAUGAACUAGGGCUCUUCUUAAAAAUGACUGAUGCCACUGGCCAGGCCUUCUCUUGUUCUUCUCAACAAAGGCUAGCUCUUUGCACUACUUUAUCACGCUUUGGACAAGAACAUGCAACAUUUAGUCAGAGGGCUAUGGCUGACACCUUGCUCACAAUCACUCGAAUGGAGCAGGCAUGCAUGGAGUACAGAGGGGCUUUGCUGUGGAUGAAGGAUGCUUCACAAGAAUUAAACCCUGACACCUGCAAGCAAAUGGAGAAGUUCAGAAAAGUGCAGAUGCUAGUAAGAAACACCAAAAACCAGUUUGGUAAGCUGAAUAUGGAUGUUUGUCAGAAGGUGGACCUUCUAGGGGCUAGUCGCUGUAAUAUGCUGUCACAUUGUCUUGCUGUCUAUCAGAGGACCUUUUUGCAUUUCUGUGAGAAGACUGCUCAAAAGAUGUCUGAAAUCUAUGUAGGCUUUCCAUGUUUCCAUUCUGGUCAUCAUGCUGCAUCUGAGGUGAAGAUAUUUUCUUUGAUAUGCAAAUAA